UGGACCGGCUUGCAGCGGCUUUGGACACCUCGCCCACGGGAUGGAUGCAUUGCUGUACAACUCCCCAGUGGCCGGGAGAGCUUCUCCAGAUGCUCAUUGCCAACGGGGCUCCCCGGGAGUCCUGGUCCCGGGACUCGGGCUCUUUGCUGCGGUCCGAGAGCAAUUCCACAGCAAAGAAGUGGCGGUGUCGGUCCGAAGACCUGUCUUCCAGCUGGACAUCGGGGUGCUGUGGCUGCAGGACCUCCAGUCGCCCACCGACAUCAUCCCCGACGAUGUCAAGAUUGAGCGGCUGAACUACCGGCAGCUCUCGCGAGCCACCGGCAUCUCGCUGCACGUGGUGCAGCGCUGCGUGCGAGAGACCGUCCUCUUGUACUGUCACCUCCUGAGGAACAAGGCGCACGUCUCAUUCGCCUUCAAGAACAUCGGCGUUAUGACGUACGAGGACGACUUCCUCUGCAUGAGGUUCUUGUCCAGCUGCAUUACAACGCUGGAGAGCAAUGCCAGCCUGACUGCACUGCUCCACACUAGAAUUUGGCCGGCCCGUUCUGCUGACUUCGGGUCAGAGACUACCGCUCAUGGAAUCCAGGUGUUGCCGAGGUUUCAGCUCGCUGUGAAAAAGAGCAGAGCAGAGGCCGCCGCAGAAAGGAACGCUGCAGUGGCGCGGAAGAUGAGUAGAGGGGGCACUGCCGGCAGGCUGCUACAGAAGCGGAAGACACUUCCCCCCUCCAUGCUGCUGCAAUACCAGGCAGGCUCAAGGCAGCAAGAUGUGGCAAAGAAGCCUUCUGCCAGCGUGCUCCCGCCGUGUGCAGGCAGCUCCCACGGGAGAAAGCAAGCAGGACAGAAGGAACCAUCUACUCCUGCCCAGACCAGCACUGCACUCCCUGCGACAGAGGACUCUAAGAGAGUGCUGCAGGAGCUCCGGGAAGUGUCUGCCCUGUGGAAUGAAGCAGACCGCACGUGGCCCGUGUACCAGCAGCAGGUAGAGCAAACGCGGGCAGAAAGAGCGGCAUGGGAAGGCUGGAGUGCAGGGGAGGACCAGCCUCCACUGCAGCGGUUUGCCAGUGCGAGCGUGUGGGCUCCGCGUCCUCCAGCCCAGCCCCGGGGACAGCAAGUGAGGAGGAGGUGGAGGAAGGAUGUGGAUCCUCCGCCGGGAAGUAAAAUGGGAACAGCGACCAAGCUGGCACUGCAUGCCGACCUCCUCUCCCCGCGAGCAGCUCAGGUGCUCCAAAGGUUGGAGCCCCACCUCCAUCAGCAAGAGGCUUUUGCUGACACCGCGGAAAGAAACCGGCAGAAGCUGGAGCUGAAGCGGCAGCUCCCCUGUGCUCGAUGCUCGUACCGCUCCAGAGGGGAAGGUGCUGGCAACAGUGCUGGAGCUGUCGGCAAGGGGGCUGGGAAGCUGUCCGGAUUUCCACCUGUGAAUGGCAAAUCGUAGAAUCAAAGACUUGUAGAAUGGCCUGGGUUGAAAAGGACC